GGUGGGCUCUUGCUGAAAAUGAAAAAAAUAAUCAGAGAGAACCUUGGAAACGAAUAACAGAACAAAUCAGAAAUUUAUUAGAAAAUAUGUUUCAUGCGGGGACAGCGGACAGCAAAAACAAAUUUACAGGUCAAGAAAUGUAUGAUGAACUAUUGAAACGGGCUCAACGCGGUGAAUUUGAUCAAAGCGAUGUUCCAAAAGUAUUCACUAUUAAUAACUGGAUUGCGACUUUUAGUCGCAAGUGGAAGCAAAAUAUGGCAAGACAUUCUUUGGAGGUAUCUGAAACCUCCGAGAUAUUGAAAUAG